AGAAAUCUUGGAUCAAAGACAGGUUUUUACAACCUAGCGCUAGAAUUGAAUUGCCCAUUCCCUUAUUUGUGCGCGCACUCGUGUGACGUUAUGUAUCGAGUGCGAGAAAGCACUUGUCGCAUUCUAUCGGUCUUGGGCUUAAACAUGUCUUUGAGAGCAGUUUGAAACUAUCGCUACGUAUACCAAAGUGGUUUAACGCGUUUCAAGCUAAGUGCUGAAGUUGUUUUCGUUUCCUCUUAGCGUUACUUGCGUCAUUGUUGCACUCGCCUUCGAAAAAAGUACAGAAAGUGGGACGAUUAAAAACUGAUAUAAAGCUGUUACAAUGUGCGGAAGGACGGAACUCAGAAUCGCAUUAAGAGCAAAAUUCACGAUUACUUGUCAGUCUCACGAUUCCAUUUAGCGUCGGCAGUUUCUUUGGGGGAAGGCGCGCUGGUCUAAUGUUUAGAGCGUUGCACUCUGGAUCAAGCGGUCUGGGUUGGGACCCUGGCCGGUAUCACUGUGUUGUCGGUAUCACUGUGUUGUGUGCGGGACACUUCACUCUGUGUCUCUCUGCUCUCAAGAGCAGAACUGACGAUGAGCAAUCAAUUAUUUUGACUUGUUUUGUUUGUUUGUUUUACAGAACGUCAACUACAGCCAAAACAAAGGAAGCAUUUUAAGAACAAGAUGCAUCUUUGGGAAUUUUUAUUUGAACUCCUGCAUGAUGAAGAGUGCCGUCCAUUUAUAAGUUGGACGAAAAAAGGCAGAAAAGAAUUUAAAAUUACACAGCCAGAAUGUGUGGCCCAGUUAUGGGGCUUGGAGCAUAAUCGGAAGAACAUGACGUACGACAAGCUAAGUCGAGCACUGAGGCAAUACUACAAAGAAGGAAUUGUUAGGAAGGUGAAAGGACAAAAAUCGACAUACAAGUUUGACAAACUUCCUUACGAAUACAACCCUGGAGUAACAAGGCGACGCAGAACAGCAUCCUACGGAUGGAAAAUCUCCACUUCUCCAAACCAUGGCUUGGAGCGAGGAAAUUACAGUUUUCCUAGGCACCUUAACUCUGCUGCCCACUCCUGUGGCGCCGAUGAUGGCAUUUGUGGGGGUGUCAUGCCUCCUUCCGCUCGGCGUUCCUCGCAAUUUACUUCUCUCCAGCCCAAAACUCAAAUCUGGUUUCCUGAAGAAUCAAGAGCCUCACAAAAUGAAUGCGAACGAAGAUGUGUAAACAACUGGGGCACUUCCGAAUCCGCAGCUCCAGAGUCACGCAAUCAAAGUGCACGACUGCUUGCUGAGGAGCAGAGUUCCUUCGGAAAUGUCACGCCAUCACCCGCGACCCACUCGAGAUCUUUUGUCACACCGCAAACAUUUCAUUCCAGUUCUGACCUGCGCGAUACAGAGCAAAAUGCUUCACACGAGGUUAGUUCAUCAUUCGUUUGCGCAAGAAACCCGGAAUCAUCUCGGUUCACGUAUCCCCUGAAUGUCGUGCAGCAAAAUUCGUUACGCAAUGACACGCCUUCAGCAGUCAUGAAAGCGGACACCUACGCUUCCGUCACGCCAGAAUCAUCCCAUUCGAGAUCUCCGCUGUGUGUCGUAGAGAGAAAUGUGUCACGCAAUGACACGCCUUCAGCGGCCAUGUACGCAGAAACCUUCGCUUCCGUCACGCCAGAAUCAUCCUAUUCGAGGUCUCCUCUGUAUGUUGUAGAGAACAAUGCGUCACACAACAGUUUGCCAUCAGGCUUGACAUAUUCUUCAGUAUACGACACCAACAGAGUUCCAUUUUUCCCACCAGUCCACAGUAUUCCAUAUCUACCCCUGAUGUAUGUCGUACCUGUGCCAUAUGAACAUCUUCCGGUGAUAACAAGUGUGACGGGAAAUUAUUCAGGGCACCCUAGUCAGGAUAAGUAGAGAAGAGAGCGUGUAUAGUUGAAGUGCCGACCUUGUCCUUACCAACUACAUAGACAAGAGCAUCUUUAAAAGCAUUAUGCUAAUCAAAGUUCUGUGAUUUAUGAAAAGGUUUCCAUUUUCUCAUGAGUUAUGAUAGAUGAGAACAUUAAAAAAAUUUUGUAGCAAAAU